CUCCGAUCUCCGUCGGACAGACACUCGUCACUCAGCCAGCGCUGGACAGGAAGUGGAAUAUGCUGGAUCCGUGGUUCGCUGUACAGAGUCUCUGCCAACAAGCUGUCCCGCACCGCCAACAUGUCCAUCAACAGAACAGGAAGAUCUUCUGGCUCAUCUUUGGCCCGCCCCUCCAGCACGCGUCAUUUAGCCAGCCGGGCAGUGCAACGCAGCAUCGCCAUCAUCAGACACGCCCGCCAGAAGAAGCAGCAGAAGCAGUAUUGCAUGUAUUACAACCGCUUUGGCAAAUGCAACCGCGGCACGAGCUGUACCUUCAUACACGACCCGGACAAGGUGGCCGUGUGCACCAGGUUUCUCAGAGGGACGUGUAAGCGAGAAGACGGCACCUGUCCUUUUUCCCACAAGGUCUCAAAAGAGAAGAUGCCCGUCUGUUCCUACUUUCUGAAGGGAAUCUGCAACAACAGCGACUGUCCCUACAGUCACGUUUAUGUGUCCAGCAAAGCGGAGGUGUGCGAGGACUUCGUCAAAGGCUACUGCCCCGAGGGAGAAAAGUGCAAGAAGAAACACACUCUGGUGUGUCCAGAAUUCUUUAAGACGGGUUCCUGCCCGCGAGGCUCUCGCUGUAAGUUGCAGCACCGUCAACGACUCAAACGCAGCUCCAGCAGCAGCACCUCCACCAGCACUCCCGGCAAAAGAGUUCGCUCCAAGGAGCCUCAGAAGAGACCCUCAUUGUCCAUCAUCAUGCCAAAAGAUGUUCAGACACCUGGGAGGACGCUCCCCACGAGUUCUCUGGCUUUACCGUCCUUCAUCUCCCUGUCCAGCUCCCCAGAGGAGGCAGAACCACUGGACACAGUGCCAGCUGACACCACACAAGUCAAAGAGAAAAAGUUGCAGAUCAAACCACGACUGAGACCUGACACCAGCUGAGCGGAAACCGUCUCAUCUCUUUGUGAUUUCUGAGUCACAGGUUUGUCAGGACCCCUCCCCAACUGCCGCCACUCGGGGCCUGAACAUUUUAACCCUUUUUAUUCAAAUGUUUUUAAGUGAGUGUUUGUGGUUAUGCCUUCUUUUCCUCAGGUUUUUGUCUGUACAUUUUGAAGAAAAAUAAAGCAUUAGAUCGGU